AUUGCACAAGUCAAACUUGACAUUAGGCAGGCGUAACCAAAGACUCACAAGUCCGUGGACUAGAUUAUAAACACCAGGAGCCGCUGGUGACAGUAUGCCGAUAAACAGGCAGUCGGACAGCAGGAUGAGAGUGACAGAAGUGGAGGAGUUUCUGAGAAAGCCGCCGCCAGGUUUCUCCGUGGAGACUCUCGGAUCGGGUUACCGAGUCCGCAGCAACGAGGAGAAGAGCCUGGUGCUCAUCGACGACUUCGAGUACCGUGGGAAGAAGAUAGUUUUCCAGAACUCACUGGGAAGAAAAGUUAAAAUGCACAACUUGUGGGAUUAUAGCAGCAUGAGGACGAGUCUGCUGUCCAAGAAAUUCUACCUGCUGACUUCUGCCUGCGAAAACAAAAUCUCUGAGAGCAACAAAAAGGCUGCCAGAGAAAUCAGAGUGCUCAAGCAGUUUGUGGUGUGCAUUGAUGGCAGCGACCCGUUCAUCAAGUGGCAGUUGGAGAGAGGCAUGGAUGGGACGAUCUCCUCUGUUGCCGGAGAAAGCUACAGGGUGGAUAUUGACUUGACUGAAGAAAUGGAGAGCUGGGCAGCAACAAACCUGCCAUCAGACAACCUCAUGAAAGUCAGGCCUGUGUGGAGAGACGCCUCCUUCACCCUCAAAUAUUAUUCUGACGCCCUGUUUGACUUCCCACACUGGCUUGGCUUCAGCAGAAGAAAAUUUAAGCUGAGAAUGACAUGAGCCAGCUGAGGAUCACAAACAAGGCAAAGUUGAGUUAAACUGGAGCCUCUCUGGUUCUUCGGUAAAGUAGAUGAAUGGUUAAAAUACCAGGCUGCCAGGUGAAGGACUCUCCUACCUCUGGAGAUUGCAGGAUCUGGUCUCUAUUUGCUGCUGGGCCCAGAUUUUUCUUCUGUUGAGUGGGUGGAAACCACUGACAGGGACUGAAAAGGAAAUUCUGAAUGGCACAAAGAUUGUUUUGACAAAAUAAGUGUAUAAACACAUUUUGUGUGUGUAAAUAUUUAUUUUCCUAACAUGAUUUUCAGCUGUUGUACUGUAUGAAGGUUUUAAAGGGGUCAAAUCUGUGCUGCUGCAAAAUGAAAUGUUUGUAAACUUUUGUACUUGGUAAUUAUUUCUUCAUGAGAAUUACUUUAUUUUUUUUUCAAUCAAAUGCAAUAA